UCUGAAAGAUCGCAUGUUUUUGUAGACAGGUAAAAACAGAGAAUUUUCAUUUCGGAUGGAUCGGGUAUGAAUUCGAAAGGCGUUGGGUGCAGUAUCUAGCCAAAGGAGUACAUUAUUGAAACGUGAGUUCAUCACCACCCCGUGUCAUCUAUCUCGCGCCUCAUAAAGAUGGUGGACAUCGACGUCUCUCACCUCCAGGCGCAGCUGGCCGACGGUCUGAAGAUGCAAGCGGCGAGCAUGCGGGAGGACCAGGAACUGCUGCGCGUGUACCAGGAGAUCAACAAGCUCAGCCACUACACGAUCCUACUGACACUUGCUCUCGAACUUUUUUCUCUACCGAGCGCGUUGAAAUUGGUAAAAGGGAACCCAUCACUGUACGCGAGUGCGGUUUUCAAAAACUUCUUCAACCACUACCUGAUCGCACCCGCCAUGUUCUCGGUCUAUGUCAGGUAUUAAUGGGAAGUAUUGCGCCAGGUUUUGGUUUUCGUGCCAGGUUUUGUGCCAGGUUUUCGUGCUGGCUGGUCUUGUUGCUCUCUAAAAUUUCUACCUCAACAAUGCUAGUCCUCGACUCAUCAAACAAUUCUAUACAUGAAGCCAGACUCUUUACGUCCCCACUAUUUCAGGUACUACGUCCUCCCUGGCCACACGUGUGACGUGACAAAAUUCCCUUUUGAUCCACUCUCUCCGCCGGACUACAGUUGGUGUGAGUACGAUAGGUGGACUACGUUCCUGCAAAUGUUGGGCGUCUUGCUGAUCCAAAGCAUUGGGUACUACCUGGCCCACGUGCUUAUGCACACGCGGAGGUUCUACUGGAUGCACCGAUUUCACCACAAAUUCAACAACACCGUGACGCCGAUGGUUGCAAACGCGGUGUCCUGGGCGGAGUACGCCGUGGCCUACAUGCUGCCGAUUUUCGUACUUGAAUUUUUGAUUAUUUUUUCCGGAAGAUCAGUUUCAGUUUUUCGGUGUCGUUUCUUAUCUGCGCAGGUCGAGAUCAUGGUGAAACCCGUGACGAAAAACAGCGUGAUGAAAUGCAAUUUCAAACCUUGAACAAACGCAAAAAUUCUCACUCUGCCGCACUUCAGGUCGCCACCGUACUGCUGAAGCCCAACGUCCCCGCUCUCUUUUAUGGCGUUCUCAAACGUUACACUCUCAGCUGUUACAUGAAUUUGUGAUGCAAGAAUGGCAAAACUGAAAGGGGGAAGAUUGCGCCUUUUGCAUGACAGAUUUGGCACAGAUUCCCAUCCUGUUUGGCCCUUCGGGAAUUUGUCAUGCGAAGCAGCUUGAUCCUGUCGAUUCUGAUUGGGAUUUUGCAUGACAAACCAUGCAACAGUUGAGAAUGUAACAUUUGAGAGCGCCAUAUCUUCCGUGCCGGGUUCAUCAUCAGCUUCUUCAAUCUGCUAUGCAUUGCAAAAGUAUCGUACUAGUAUAAAUUGCAUUACAGAUUUUGGCAAGAAGGAAAGUGGAAUUUGUAAUGCUGUUUUGCCUUGGGAAAAAGUUUUGUCAUGCAUAUUUGCAAUUAGUACGAAUACGAUACUUUUGCACAGGAUAUCUGCUGAUCCACACCCCGUUUCUGCACGAUCUCAGCGAGAGGCUCCCCGGUUUUUGGGUUUCCACCGCGGGCCACAUGGAGCACCAUCGGGUUCUCAGCCGCCACUUCGCCGCGCCGACCUUGAACGUCGACUGGGUGGUGGGCCUCUUCGUGGGCAGCAUGUCGGAGGAGAAACGACAAAAAUUGUUCAAACAAGCGAAGGAGGAGUGAUGUUGAUGCGGAACGUUUGGAAUAACAAUAAGCAGCUCGUCACUCCCGCCGACGUCCUAGUUGUGUACAAGUCAUCUCCCAAGGUGUAGAAAAGUGUGUGAUCAAAACUAACCGCAGAAACGGAGAUCGCCGAACUCGGUUCGACCCCCUGACCGGCGGAAAGAUGAGUGGUGUCCUGUGCAGUGAAGAAGCUGACAAACUACGGACCGCCCCAUGCAACCGGAAUAAGUUGUCAUCGAGGAUGACAGACCCCCUUCCCGUGCGUGCGGCGAUGGCGAACGCAGGAUUGAAUUCUUGACAGGUAGAGCACCACAAUCUGGUUUCGAUGUAAGCAAUGUCUUUCCGACAUCACAACAGACUGGAGCAAGCCGGACGGUAGUGUCAGGUUUUCAGUGACAACAUGUACCUAGUAUUGGCUGAGGCGUCCGGAGGCUCCCAAUCCUGGUGUGUGGAGAGAGAUGUAUGGCCAGCGAGCGUCUUCACGGGGCCUCGAAAACUACGCAGCUACAGCACGCUCGCAGUGACCGUCGGAUACUCGUAUGACGAAGCGUAGCAAGCAUGAAGAGUAGUUACAGGACGAAGCGACGUGCUCAGAAAAAUGCAGUAGACACUUGUGUCUCUUCCCUUUUCAUCUACUUUUUGAUAUAGCGUUCCACAACUUCUAUGUUGACCCAGAUCGAUAAAGAUUUUUUAGCGUGUACAAAGAACUUUCUAGCAGACUUUCAAUUUGACACUAGUAGAGUUUCCUUGACAGAUCAGAACGCCUCGCGUUGAUAGUCUGGUUUCUGGUUUCAGCCAAACGACUCAUUUUCAACCGUAAUGAAGAAAGCCCGCGUGCUAGGCAGAAUCAAUUCAUUAUUGAAUCAAUCCGCACAAAAACACUUCGAAAUAAAACUGAAUUUUCAGUACCAGUCGC